GCGCGGAGCUGGCGGCGGAGUCGGAGCCAUGCUGCUCUUCUGCCCCGGGUGCGGGAACGGGCUGAUCGUGGAGGAGGGCCAGCGCUGCCACCGCUUCGCCUGCAACACUUGCCCCUACAUGCACAACGUCACCCGCAAGGUCACGAACCGGAAGUAUCCAAAACUGAAAGAAGUGGAUGAUGUGCUUGGGGGAGCAGCUGCCUGGGAAAACGUUGACUCUACGGCAGAGCCAUGUCCCAAGUGCGAGCACCCCCGAGCUUACUUCAUGCAGCUCCAGACCCGCUCUGCAGACGAGCCCAUGACCACCUUCUACAAGUGCUGCAGUGCUCAGUGUGGACACCGCUGGAGGGACUAGAACCGGCCCAGCUGCGCAGUGACGUCCAGUGGGAU